UUUUUAACCCUGUACUUGGUCUUAGUUGUACUUCCGGUGUGAGAGGUCACAACAAGAUGGCGCCGUCCAAGAAGAAACAUGCCAGUAGCCAGGCGCGUAUUAUUCCUGGCGGAUUUGCAGUGCUGUCUCUACAGUUUGGUUCCGACAGCGUUGCACCGCACCAGCUGUAUGUGAAGGAGCACAAAGUACGAGCAGAGAAGAGCUCUCGCAGACCUCUGGACCGAACUUUAUUUGUGCUCAACAUCCCUCCAUACUGUCCAGAGGGUGUUGUCAAAGAAUUGUUCUCACAGUUUGGCAGCGUUCAGUCGGUGGAGCUGAGGGACCACCCGGGCUCCUUUCAGGAGUCUGGCCCCAAGCUUUCCAGGUUCUUUAAGCCAGCAGCAAAACAGGGUUUCAAGGUGGGCUACAUUGUGUUCCACAACUCCUCCAGCAUAAAAGCCGCUAAAUCACACCCACACGAUGUGCCUUUGGUUGUCAGUACAGAGCAGCGUCCAGUGAGGACAGGAGUACAGAAAUGGAUCCAGGCGUACACAGAGUCUUUUAUUCAGCCAGAUAAACUGCAACAAAUAGUCGACUCCUUUAUGGAGAACUACGACAAGCGAAAAGAAGAGGAGGCGGAGAAGCAGAAGGAGGAGGCUGAGCAGCAACAGGAGGACGAAGAGGGCUGGGUGAAAGUCACAAGAGGACCCAAAGGCACCAAGGCGCGCCCCCACAGCGAGGCAGCAAAUAAGAAGGCUCUUCAGAAAGAAAUAAGGAAGAAGAAGAGGAAGGAGCUCUUGAACUUCUACACCUGGCAGCACAGAAACACACAGAAAGAGCAUAUUGCUGAACUAAGGAAAAAGUUUGAGGAAGAUAAACAAAGAAUAGCUCUGCUGAGGGCGCAAAGAAAGUUCAGACCUUACUGAGUCUAUCCUUCAUUUCCUUUUGCUCAUUUCACUGCUUUUGUGUGUUACUUAGAUACAUUGUAAACCAGAGAUUUUGUGUUAAUAAAAACUAUUCUUCUGAUUGA